CUGUAGAGUAGCUAAGAUGACCUGAUGACCCAUCAGUUGGGUGCUUCUGUUGGGAAGGGAGAGUUAAGUGCUUCAAACCUUUUAAACCUAUUUCCUCCCCCCUUGCUUUUCCAUAGGCUUGUCUUGUUGUUAUCAUGCAAAGGACAACUUAAUGUGUCGUGAUGUUUGUGAACAGAUUUUAUCCUCUAAGAGUGAUUCACGUUUGAAGCAUUUACUGCAACGAGCACCUGAGUAUUGUCCAGAAUCAAUGGGAGAAGUUUGGGGCUGUAUCAAUUCUUCUUUGCCAGGAGUUCUGAAGAAGUCUGAUGGCUGGGUUGGUUUGGGUUGCUGUGAGCUGGCCAUUGCUGUGGAGUGCCGGCAAGCAUGCAAACAGGCAUCUUCAAAGAAUGAUGUUUUAAAGGUUUGCAGAAAAGAAUAUGAGGAGGUUGACCAGUAUGUGUUGAAGGAGAACGAGAAAGGAAAGGUAAGAACUUCUCAUCUCUUAUCUUUCACUACUUCUUCCAGCUUUCUACUGUCCUGUUCACCUUCCUCUAAAAAGAAGAAUGCUCUCUUUAGUUGUAUUAACAGAAAUGAAAUGGGAUCAGUCUGUUGCAGUUAUGCAGGUCACCACACAAACUGUCGGGAAUAUUGUCAAGCGAUCUUUCGGACAGAUUCUUCUCCCGGUCCUUCCCAAAUUAAAGCAGUUGAAAACUACUGUGCAUCUAUUAGCCCUCAGCUAAUACACUGCGUGAACAACUAUACACAGUCAUAUCCGAUGAGAAACCCUACAGAUAGUUUGUAUUGUUGCGAUAGAGCAGAAGACUAUGCAUGUCAGGCUGCUUGUAAAAGAAUUCUGAUGUCCAUGAAAACAGAGCUUGAGAUUGUAGACGGGCUCAUAGAAGGCUGCAAAACGAUGCCUCUCCCGCAAGAUCCGCUGUGGCAGUGUUUUCUGGAGAGCUCCAGCUCUGUUCACCCCGGAGUCACGGUGCACCCGCCGCCUUCGACAGGCCUCGAUGGGGCCAAGCUCCACUGCUGCGCCAAGGCAAAUUCUUCCACCUGUAGAGAGCUCUGCACUAAGCUUUAUAGCACGAGCUGGGGCAAUUCACAGAGUUGGCAAGAAUUUGAUCGCUUUUGUGAGUAUAACGCAGUAGAAGUUUCCAUGUUGACCUGUUUAGCAGAUGUACGAGAACCUUGUCAACUGGGCUGUAGAAAUCUUACUUACUGCACUAAUUUUAAUAACAGACCAACAGAACUUUUCAGGAGCUGUAACGCUCAGUCAGACCAAGGAGCUAUGAAUGACAUGAAGCUAUGGGAAAAAGGGAGUAUUAAGAUGCCAUUCAUAAAUAUUCCUGUUCUUGAUAUUAAAAAAUGUCAACCAGAAAUGUGGAAGGCAAUUGCCUGUUCAUUGCAGAUUAAACCUUGCCACAGCAAAUCUAGAGGAAGUAUUAUCUGCAAAUCAGACUGUGUAGAAAUACUCAAGAAAUGUGGAGAUCAUAAUAGGUUUCCUGAAGGCCAUACAGCUGAAAGUAUUUGUGAGCUCUUAUCUCCAACAGAUGACUUGGAGAACUGUAUUCCUUUGGAUACAUACCUGAGCCCAAGUUCUCUAGGUAACAUUGUAGAAGAAGUUACACAUCCAUGUAAUCCAAAUCCAUGUGCUGUUAACCAGCUAUGUGAAGUAAAUAGAAAAGGAUGUCAGUCUGGAGAACUGUGUCUUCCGUACGCCUGUGUUCCAGGUUGCAAACUGGGGGAAGCCUCAGAUUUUAUUGUCCGUCAAGGUACACUUAUUCAGGUUCCAUCAUCAGCCGGUGACGUUGGUUGUUACAAGAUUUGUACCUGUGGACACAGUGGGUUGCUAGAAAACUGCAUGGAAAUGCACUGUGUUGAUCUCCAAAAAUCAUGUAUUGUCGGAGGACAAAGAAAAAGCCAUGGGACAUCCUUUAGCAUAGACUGCAACGUCUGUUCUUGUUUUGCUGGGAACCUGAUAUGUUCUACGCGGCAGUGUCUGAACGAGCAUAGCUCGGAAGACGAACGGCGGAAGUUUACAGGCUUGCCGUGUAACUGCGUGGACCAGUUUGUGCCCGUGUGCGGCCGGAACGGGCGCACUUACCCCAGUGCCUGCAUCGCCCGCUGCGUGGGCCUCCAGGACAGCCAGUUCGAGUUCGGGUCGUGCAUCUCCAAGGACCCCUGCAACCCCAACCCGUGUAAUAAAAACCAGAGGUGCAUACCAAAGAAGCAAGUUUGCUUGACAAGCUUUGGAAAGUUCAAAUGCAGCCAACAUGAAUGUGUGCCAAGGCAAUUAAACUGUGACCAGACACGGGAUCCUGUUUGUGACACAGACAACGUGGAAUACAUUAACUUGUGUACUUUGUACCAAAAGGGAAAAAAUUUAUCGUACCGAGGACCGUGCCAGCCAUUCUGCAAGUCGGCGGAGCCCGUGUGCGGCCACAACGGCGAGACCUACGCCAGCGUCUGCGCGGCCUACGCCGACCGCGUGGCCGUCGACUACUACGGCCCCUGCCAGGCCGUCGGCGUCCUCUCGGACUACGGCUUCCACACGGAGUGCGCGUUUGUUAAAUGUCCCCUGCUGCCCGCCACCGGCUGCAGGCCUGUCGUUGCUCCGGGAGCCUGCUGCCCACUGUGUGCCGGAAUGCUGAGAAUCUUAUAUGACAAAGAUAAGCUGGAUACUUUUGCAAAGGUAACAAAUAAAAAGCCAAUAACUGUACUUGACAUACUUGAAAAAAUCCGCCUGCAUGUUUCAGUGCCACAGUGUGAUGUGUUUGGAUACCUGAGUAUAGAAUCUGAAAUUGUAAUUCUCAUCAUUCCUGUGGAUCAGAACCCUAAACCAUUGCAGAUUGAAGCCUGCAAUAAAGAAGCAGAAAAAAUAGAGUCGUUGAUAAAUUCAGACAGUCCAACACUCUCCUCUCACGUGCCACUGUCAGCACUUAUUGCAUCACAAGUACAAAUUUCACUUAGCAUUUCCUCUCCUGCUGUUACAGUGGUGCCUGUGCUGCGCUCCCUAUUCACAAGCCUUUUAUUCACCUUGUUAAUGUUAAUAUAUUAUACAUAACUGCUUAGAAAAUGUGCAUAAGUAUCGGUUUAUAUAUAUAUAUAUAUA